AUGUCGAUCCGAGAACUCCAAUCCCCAGACCACCCGAUCGCCCUGCGCCGCACCCACCUCCUCUCCCCCGCACCAGACCGACUAACCAAUACCCCAACGACACUAUGCAUCGCGCGCGAGAACACCCUAUCAGGACGCGACUUCACGGUCACGCAGCUGCGUAGAGACGAGCCAAUAGGCAGCUCACGACGCAACACACUCCUGUAUACCGUGAACGGCAAAUUCUGGAGCAACUCACUGCAGCGUGAGAUCCGCGAUGCAUCCGGGCGACCGAUACUCGAGCUACGCCGGAUAUGGUGGAAGGGACAGUGGUCGGUGAAACGGGCUGGCGGAGCCGGUGACGAACUACUCAACGUGGACAUGCGGUGGGCGAUAGGGACGAAGAUGGAUAUACGAUUUAUGAAUGCGCUUGUCGGGCGCCUCGACGACGGUCAGCCUCGAUGCUGCAACGAAGAGGAUAUGGAGAGUGAAGCUCCGCCGCCGUAUACGCCGCCUCCGUAUAGUGCCGUCCCGGCCAGUGAUAGUACGAACCAAUCUGGGAGUGGUGGCGAGAGUGAUAGUGCCGACAGUUCAGACUCCAAGGAACGGACAAACAACUACGAGCCUCCAACCUAUGACUCGCUUCGACGAUCGAGUCAUUCGCUGCGCGAUUUGCUGGAUGCGGUUGAGCCGCCCAGGGAGCCAGCACCGGCACCGAUGUCACAUCAGAGACGCUGGUCUGAAGGGGGAUAUGAUCCCAAGGUGGAGCUGAAGGUGGUGCAGGUGAAUUCUCGAGCUGCGAUUGUGACGAUGGGGGAGAGAAAGAUCAUCAAUAUUCGGCGGGGCAAAGUCAUGGAUUAUAGUCUGUCUGGGCCGAUGCCCAAGUGGGAGGUUGAGAUUGCGGAGGGUGUGGACUUGGUGCUGGCCGUUACGAUUGUAUUGAUUAUGGCCGAAUUUGUACGCCAUGAGUAUCGUGUUCGGGUGGGUUGA